AUGGCCCUCACCGCGGCGCUGACGCCGCCCUACUCCGCCGCGACGCUCCGGCGGCUGCGGGCCCUCGCCGACGGCGACGUGUCGCUGACCACGGAGAUCCUGUGGUCGCGGGAGCCGGGCUCCGACAGCUCGGCUCUGCAAGUAAACGCUGCUGCGAGCGUGCGGCCCGGCGCGCGGCGCGGGCAGGACGGGAGGCCGGGGGAGCUGCAGUCGCAGGAAAGCCAGGCUGGCGCUGGCGGGUUGCCGGACGUCGAGGCCAUGGACCUUCUGAAGUCCGCCCUCGCGGAGAGGCAGGCAAAGGCCCAGAAGGUGAUCCACGAGACUGGCCAGAAGUGGAUCCGGCGGAGCGAGAUCGUGGAGAAGCAGAAGGAUCAGACGAAAAGGAGUACUUCGAGAGCAAGCGGCGGGAGGAGGAAAAGACCAAGGCCGACGAGGAGGCCCAGCUGGAGACCCUGA